AUGGGAGGUGAGACAUGGUGGAUAGUCCACCGGGAGUCAGGAAGGAGAGAUCAAGCUUUUAAGCUACCUAACCCUGCCUUGACCAAAUUUGAGAAGGAAAAGCCUUCCUACACCUUUGAGUUAGACGGUCAAGGCGAGGCCCAAGAGCCUCACCAUUCACCACCACCCCACCCUUCACCCCAAUACCAUCCACCACCCCAACCCUACACAUAUGACAUCCCCACCUCCUCCGUUGAUUACAACAUAGACCCCCAUGCCCCAUAUGACUUUCCGGCUUUUAGGAGCCAACUUGACCGGAUUGAGAGAGGGCAAGGGAGAGUGGAGGGGAUGGUGCAAAACCUAGACUCUAGAGUAGGUACUCUAGAUAGGAGGGUUGGCCAUGUAGAGAGGAACCUCGGGAGGGGUUUAUACCCCAUGUAUGACGAUUAUGCACGCCAAAGGGCUAUUCCCCCCGAGACACUAGUUCUCGAUUGGUUCCAAUACCCCCCAGGAGGUUAUUCGACCCCCGGAGCCUAUGGUACUUAUGUGGACUACUCUUCAGUCCAUGGUUAUGGGGUCGAUGCUCCUUUUGGCGGGAUGGGGGGAAAAGUAUACCCUAACUACUUUGCAGGUGGUUCAGGCUAUGGUGAUGCUGGUACGAGCCAUGGAGGCGCCGACUUGAGCUAUGGAGGAGGAUAUCAAAGGAUGGAUGAGAAUGAUGAUGAGGAGUAG